CAACUGCGCCAGUUCAUUUAUUCUGACAAGAUACCCCUGAAACGCCGGCGACCCCACGACAAUCUACUAAGCAACUUGACUGCGCAUGAUGGUGGAUGAUCUAGUAACAAUCCCAUAACUUUUUCUAGAGCUCAUUCCACCGUCAUCAUGCUCGCGACACUGCUCAACAUUGCCUUCUACGCAUCCACAUCGCUUACCCUCGCGAUACUCCUCCUCUCCCCAUCUCGUUACCAACCUCAGUCAUCAUCCGAACAAGAUGGUGCAGAUAAACCAAAGACGACUGUUCAGAUCCUCGUGCUAGGAGACAUCGGUCGCAGCCCGCGCAUGCAGUAUCAUGCGCUCAGUGUAGCAAAGGGUGGGGGACAAGUGAACAUAAUCGGCUACCAUGAAUCCGAAGUCCACCCCAAAAUCACCUCCCAUCCGCGGAUCUCCAUCGUCGCGCUCCCCCCGCACCCGACCUGCCUCCAAACAAGCAACAAGCUACUGUUCCUCCUCUUCGGACCGCUGAAGGUGCUAUUCCAGAUCGGCUGCCUGUGGUGGAUUCUAGGCUACCGGACCAAACCAGCCCAGUGGCUCCUCGUCCAAAACCCGCCCUCUAUCCCGACGCUCGCCAUCGCCUCCCUAGUCUGCCGCCUCAGGAACACGAACCUAAUCAUCGACUGGCAUAACUUCGGCUACACGAUCCUAGCGCUCAAGCUGGGCGAGCAGCACCCGCUCGUCCGCUUCUCGCAGCGCUACGAACAAACCUUCGGACAAUACGCGACCGCACACCUGUGCGUCACGAACGCAAUGGCGCGCGUACUACAGCAGGACUUCAAACUCCGCGCGCCCAUCCUCCCACUACACGACCGUCCAGCCGAGCACUUCCAGCCGAUCACCUCGCGCGCCGUCCGCGAAUCCUUCCUCCUCUCGCUUCCACAAACCGAGUCCGUGCGGCCCCUUCUCCAAUUCAACGACCUCCGCGUCCUCGUAAGCUCCACCUCCUGGACAGCAGACGAGGACUUCUCGAUCCUCAUCGACGCGCUAUGCCGCUACUCCGCGCUGGCCCAGCAGGCGAACCCACCCCUCCCCACCAUCCUAGCGAUCAUAACCGGCAAGGGCCCACAGAAGGAGAUGUAUCUAUCCCGGAUCGCGGAGUUAGAAGCCGCCGGGAAGCUGGAGAAAGUGACGAUCCGCACGGCGUGGCUGAGCAUGGACGACUACGCGCGGCUGCUGGCGUCCGCGUCGCUGGGUGUGAGUCUGCAUACCAGCAGCAGCGGCGUCGAUCUGCCCAUGAAGGUCGUGGAUAUGUUCGGUGCGGGCUUGCCGGUUGUGGGGUGGAAUCGGUUCGAGGCGUGGUCGGAGCUGGUGACGGAGGGGGUGAAUGGGCGGGGAUUUGGGAGCGCGGAGGAGCUGCUCCGGCAUCUGGUGGAAUUGUUUGGGGACGAUGAUCUGCUGGAGAGGCUGCGGGAGGGGGCGCGGAGGGAGAGUACCCGUCGCUGGGACGGGGAGUGGGAUCCUGUCGCUGGGAAGCUGUUGGGGUUGUAUUAG